GAGUUUGGUGAAGGGUGAACCCCCUUUGCGAAAUAGCAAGCUCUAUUCUGCGGUAAAGAUGGCGGCGGCAGAGGGGGCGCGCAGUGGCCGGAGCACGGCGAAACGACCCUGAAAGGCUCCGUAUUUCAUAGAAACUCGGACGUGGGGGACCGAACAUUACUGUCUCGAGAUCCCACGGACCGUUGGCAGAGAGUUGUUUUCAGUGAUUUAUCAGACUUUUGCUUUAUUGUUUGAGGCAAGGUGGGUGGGUUUCACACGGAAAUAGCUAUCGAGCUAACGUUAAGCUAGCUAACAAGGAGACGGGUGGAGAAAAGGGGGUUGAGGAAGACUUCGGAACAGGCCGCUCCAUAGUUGGGGGAUGUGAACUGGGAGUGUGCAGGGUUGGAUAGCUUCGUCCCGAACAUCUUUACACCGAACUGCGGGGAUGGGACAACAGGUAGGCCGCGUCGGUGAGGGGGCUUCGACAGGGCUCCAACCGCCAUCGCCACAACAACAGCAGCAACACCCGGGGAAGGGGAACAGGGGAAGCGCCGGGAGGAGACCACGGGAAGUCAGUAACGUUAGCACUGGAACGCCGCCAGGCAGGGUUGCUGCGGUUAACGUGCCGGACCCAGCAAUUAAUAUAUUCACCCAGCAUUCAGGACUUUUGCUCCGAGUCCCGCUUGAUCCUGUCAGGCUGAUCCUAUCAUCUCACCUUGGCUGGACUGUGAUGCAACAGGCCCUCCACCGGCCCUUCGGCCUGGACUCGGCAGCGUUGACGGAAGCGGUGCGCUGGAGCUCCAAGGAGAACCUGCUGGGUGCUGCCGAGAGCGAUCCUAACCUCUUUGUUGCACUUUAUGACUUUGUUGCCAGUGGCGACAACACGCUGAGCAUUACGAAAGGUGAGAAGCUGAGGGUGCUCGGCUACAAUCAGAAUGGGGAGUGGAGCGAGGUACGUUCGAAGAACGGCCAGGGCUGGGUACCAAGCAACUACAUCACGCCCGUCAAUAGCCUGGAGAAGCACAGCUGGUACCACGGGCCUGUUUCGCGCAGCGCCGCAGAGUACCUACUCAGCAGCCUCAUCAACGGCAGCUUCCUGGUCCGGGAGAGCGAGAGCAGCCCAGGACAGCUGUCCAUCUCCCUGCGCUACGAGGGACGCGUCUACCACUACCGCAUCAACACCGCCUCAGAUGGCAAGGUGUACGUCACAGCAGAGAGCCGCUUCAGCACCCUGGCCGAACUGGUCCACCACCACUCCACAGUGGCCGAUGGCCUGGUCACCACGCUCCACUACCCGGCGCCCAAGUGCAACAAGCCCACCGUCUACGGCGUGUCGCCCAUCCACGACAAGUGGGAGAUGGAGCGCACCGACAUCACCAUGAAGCACAAGCUGGGCGGGGGGCAGUACGGAGAGGUGUACGUGGGAGUCUGGAAGAAAUACAACCUCACCGUCGCAGUCAAAACACUCAAGGAGGACACUAUGGAGGUGGAGGAGUUCCUGAAAGAGGCAGCAGUCAUGAAGGAGGUGAAACAUCCCAACCUGGUGCAGCUGCUAGGUGUGUGUACGUUGGAGCCUCCCUUCUACAUCGUGACAGAGUACAUGCCCCACGGCAACCUGCUGGACUACCUGAGGGAGUGUGACCGGGAGGAGGUGAACGCUGUGGUGCUGCUCUACAUGGCCACGCAGAUCUCCUCCGCCAUGGAGUACCUGGAGAAGAAGAACUUCAUCCACCGGGACCUGGCGGCCAGGAACUGUCUGGUGGGGGAGAACAGCGUGGUGAAGGUGGCAGACUUUGGGCUGAGCAGGCUGAUGACGGGAGACACGUACACGGCCCACGCCGGAGCCAAGUUCCCCAUCAAGUGGACCGCACCCGAGAGCCUGGCCUACAACACCUUCUCUAUCAAAUCUGAUGUGUGGGCUUUCGGUGUGCUGCUGUGGGAGAUAGCGACGUACGGUAUGUCUCCUUACCCAGGUAUCGACCUGUCUCAGGUAUACGACCUGCUGGAGAAGGGCUACCGCAUGGAGCAGCCAGAGGGGUGUCCACCCAAGGUCCACGAGCUGAUGAGAGCCUGCUGGCAAUGGAGCCCGUUGGACCGACCCUCGUUUGCCGAGACCCACCAGGCCUUUGAGACAAUGUUCCACGAUUCUAGCAUCUCCGAAGAGGUAGCAGAGGAGCUGUGUAAGACUGCAUCCUCUGGCCACGGCCCAUCACCACACCCCUUCAGCCACGACAUGCCCCUGCUGCCCUCCAAGUCGCGCACGCUCAAGAAGCAUACGGAGAACAAGGAGAACAUCGAGGGGGGUCUGGAUGGCAGGCAGGAGACACACACAGGCAGCACGCACAGCCCCUCAGGUCUGGCAGCCACUCUGCUGGCAGGGGAUGGCCGGUCAGGCAGCUCUCCUGCUCUGCCUCGGAAACAGAGGGACAAAUCCCCCAGCAGCCUCUUGGAGGACUCCCAGGAGACCACGUUCACUCGGGACCGCAAGGCUGGCUUCUUCAGUUCCUUCAUGAAGAAGAAGUCUUCCUCCAACUCUCCCUCCUCCCAGCUGCAGCAGAGCCUGCCUACGCCGCCCAAGAGGAGCAGCUCGUUCAGGGAGAUGGAGACGCAGCCGCACAAGAAGUAUGAGCCCACGACUGGCUUGAGCGCCCCUCCUCCCCCCCUGCCUCAGGCAGACGGCCUGGGCUUUUCACCGUCCCACGGAGAGGGGAAUCACAUCCAGUCACGCUGCUGUGGAGCCACUUUUGGACAAAAGGCCUCUGCCAACCACACCUCUGGGGCCCCGCCCUCACAGGUGGGCAGUAGCAGCAGCUGGGCAGGCCUGGCAGGCUUCUUCACCCCCCGCCUCAUCAAAAAGACUUUAGGGCUACGGACCGGCAAGUCCACUGGGACCGAAGAGGGGGGUGGGGGGACCAAGCCCUUCCCCAGGUCCAACUCCACCUCCUCCAUGUCUGCAGGGCUGCCUGACCUGGAGAGGAUGGCUCUGACUUUACCCAGGAACCGCAGUAAGCCUCCUCUAGAGCGCACUGCCUCCACCACCUCACAGCCUGAGAACGGGGCAGCACACACCUCUGAGACCCUGCUCCGUAAGAUGGAUGAGGGCACAGCUCAGAUCAGGGACCGGCCAAAAGCCAAGCUGCUUCCCAGAGGGGUGGGAGGGAACUCUGGGGUGGUGAGGGCACCUGGGGUUGGGAGUGAGGCCGAUUCAUAUUGUCACUCCGGGACCCUACGGGGUAGGGAGGGUCAGGAGGCAGGAGGACAGGACCGUCAGGGAUGGUCGUCCCCCUCCAAAACAGUGGGAUCAGGCCUAUCAGCGGCUCCACACAACCACAAGGUUCCAGUGUUGAUCUCGCCCACACUCAAGCAUUGCCCGGCCGAUGUGCACCUGGUGGGGAUGGACUCUCAGGGGAACCGCUUCAAACUACUAUCAGAGCACCAGGCGGACAAGGACCGGCCACGGCUGAUCAAGCCUAAAUGUGCCCCACCUCCCCCUCCCACUCUGCGCCUCCUUGGACACUCCUACAGUGGGGAUGGAGAGGAGCAGGUCGGGGGGGCUGUGGAGGUCAAUGGUGAUGGGGUGAAAAGGCCGGGACGAGUAAGGGAAGUGGGAACAGGGAGACCAUCAGUGCCGCCACCACAAGUGCCUCCACCUUCUUCAGCCUCCUCUUCCUCUGCCAACAACACUACCCCCACUAAGAUGGCCAACGGUGCCACCAGCACUGGCUCUUCCACUGCCCCCUCUGGUGGAUCUAAGCUUCUGCGUCGGACUCGGCAGCAGGCAGAGAGGGUACAACCAGAGAAGAUCAGUAAGGAGGCUCUGCUGGAGUGUGCCGAGUGCCUGAGAGGUGCCCUCCACAGCAGCCCCGAGCCCUCCUCCAGCAGCCAGGUCCUAGACGCUGCCCACCAGCUGCUAGACUACUGCUCAGGCUACGUGGACUGCAUCCCACAGAUGCGGAACAAGUUUGCCUUCCGGGAGGCCGUGGGCAAGUUAGAGCUCAGUUUGCAGGAGCUGCGGGCAUCGUCCUCCUCUGGAAGCGGAGGAGCAUUCAGUGGCCCAGGGCCUAGCCCUGCUCUGGACAACUUGCACACCUGCAUCAAGGAAAUUUGUGAUGUGGUUCAGAGGUAGCCACCAGACCCUUUCAAACAUUUCCUUUGUAUUCCCUUUUUUGGUUCUAUUAACAUUUUGGGGACAGAGAACAAUCUCCGAAGUACCUCAGAAAAUCACUACAAAUUGUAUCUCUUAUUGUUUACAGUUGACUCUUUCUCAAAAAUGCCAGUGGAGAACGCUGUUCUAAUCUUUGUACAUAAACAUUGUUGAUACCAAACUAGAUGUGGUUCAUUUCAAUUGUUUUGCCCCAAAUUUAAACGUUUCCACCAGGUUUUAAGGCAUUUCUUUUAACUGAAUGUGGAGUAUAUCAGCAACGUUUUCAGUCCCAGAGAGUUGGUAAAGAACAAAGUCAAUUUGCAUAUGUGUCAUUGAGUAACUUAGUCAUAAUUAUUCUCCACUUUGUUUCUUGGCUAUCUCUGGUUCAUUCUCCUGGCAACAAUGAAAAGAGUCCCUGUGACAGGAUGUCACUGUUCAAAACUAUUGUCACCUGGGACAUAGAUGAGUGUUCCACUUAAUCAGGUCUACUUUCUCUGCCAUUUGGUUUGAUUAUUUCAGUAAUAUUUCCAUUCAAUGUCAUGACAUCUGAAUGGAAAAUGUAAGCGUUUCAAUAUUUAUUUCCAAAUUCCCUUGCACAUGAACUAGCUAUAUGUUUGGAGCUUAUUAGAAGAGCGAAGAGAGCGCAAGGUAGCACAUGAGCAGGUGGUUUGGGACAGUGUUUCUAAGUGUCCUUGGACAGUGCUGAAUUCCCUGUGGUCCUGUCCCUCAGUGCCUAUAGAUUCUUAAAUGAUUGAAAAUCUGCAAAUACAGCUACUCCUUGACAAAAUACUGAUCUCAUCACAAACUACAGUAUGUCUCUAGCACAUCAGUGAUUUAUUUGUACAUUAUUUGGUUUUAACUUUGGAAUGGCUUUAUGUAUGAACUUGAAUUUUAAAUUAUUGUUUUUUUAUUAUUAAAAGCACAGACAUAUUUUAAAAAUGUUAUGUAAAUAUUUGCUUAAUUUCAUAUCCAGGAAAAAUGUAAGGUCACAUUUGCUUGGAUAAGUGUUUGACUAUAAAAAAUAAAUGGUAGUAGGACGUCUAUCGCAGGACUGAGGCCCACCCACCCCCUCCCUCCACAACCCCAUCUGAACAUCUGCUAAAUGAAUGUAUUAUGAACAUUUUGGAAUGUCCCUUACUUUAAAGUUUUGUUAUCUUUCUUUUUUGAGAAGAUAUGUUUAAUUGUUCUCUGGUCAUUUCAAUACCAACAUCAUUCAAUGCUGAUGGUUAAUUUACAAAACUGAAUCUCAAAGCACGUUUUCUGUUUUGAUAUCCCUUUUAGAUGUUUUUGAUCAUCUCUACACAAACAUUUCCAUAUCAGAUUGCUGGAUGUAAUUGAAUCCUGUUUGUUCUCUUAAUCCUGAAAUCGUUUCUCAAUAAUAAUUUGGCUAAUGAAUCAAGCAAUCAAAACAAUAAAAGCUUGCUUAUAACGGAGUGCCCCUCAACUGUUUGAAAAUUCCCCUAAUGCCCACUUGAGAUGUUGGAACCCUAAGUGUGUAUCAAAAGGGGAUCAUCGCGCUCUCCCAGAAGCUUGGCUGGUGUGCAAAACCCACAAAUUCAGACAAACAAAAGGUGUAAUGAGUCCGCACUCAAAAAGAUGUCGCAUAAAGCCUACUUCGUUUUUUCGAUCCCUUCACUCUUUUCACUGCAUCAGGCACAGCGCACACAGAUGCCUCGGCCCUGCAGCCCUCCUCAGUGUGCAAAACCCAUUACACCUUUUGAUUGUCGGAACCCUAGGUGUACACUGGAUAAAGCCUAUGACGUAGUAGACGUUGAUUGGUAUAUUGCAUUUCGUCUUAGUAUAAACUCUAGUAGUGCCGAAUAUAUUUUCACAUUUCAUUCCAUUGUGGUACACCACCUAUCUAAUCCAGCAGAUGAGCUUCAGUGUGCCUCUGGUCAUUCAAAGGUCUUCUUGACUAAUAGCAUGAAAAACAAUUUUCACUGGGAGGUUCAAAUAAAAAUAAUGAGGUAUUUUAUUUUUUUGCCUACUGGAUACAGCAAUGUUUUUCCAAUGGUUCUUGGUGCCUUUUGUGAAAGAGAUUUUAUGUAUAGUGCACUACUAAGUCAAGAAAUGGAUAUACAGCGAUGUGUAAUUGUAAAUAUCUUGUGAUUUUGUUUUCAGAUGACAGAUUUUGCCAUGAAAUUGUGGCCAAGUAUGAAUAUCACUACAACAUGCAUUUCUAUUUCUGGGAGUAAACAUUGUGUUUUUUAAUUUAAAACUCACAUUUAAUAGUAUAUUACUGUGAAGUUCUCCCUAUCAGUGUUCAACUUUAUAUAAAUAAAAUGUUGAACAAUU